ACGGACUAUUUGGACUGACCGACUGAGCGCUCUGCCAGAUUACUGAGCACCUCUAGGUCUUGGCGGCGCAUCUGCUCCACGGCGCAGCAGCCCGCGCCGCCGUCCUCAAAUUCAGGCAAGGGAGGAGGGCGCCGGGAUGGCACGCCGACGCAGCCCGCGCCUCCAUCCACAAACCCAGGCGAGUGAAGAAGGAGCCGGAGUGACACCCCGCCGCAGCCCACGCCUCCAUCCCCAGAUCCAAGGGAACGCGAACGGCGCCGGAGUGAUCCGCCGACGCCGCCGACGUAGGCGCGGCGCCUCCCUGCCGGACGACGACGGCAUGCUCUGGGAGAUCCUCCUCCGUCUCCCGCCGCAGCCGUCCUCUCUCCCGCGCGCAUCCGCCGUAUGCAAGCGCUGGCGGGGCAUCGUCGGCGACCCCAAGUUCCACCGCCAGUUCUAUGCACACCACCGGAAGCCGCCCCUGCUCGGCGUCUUCGUGUGGGGGGAAAAACAUGAAGGUAUCGUGUUCAAACCCGUCCUUGACCCUCCCAACCGCAUCCCCGCUCGACGCUUCUCCCUUGGACUCGGCAACAACCGCGAAGAUCACGAGUUGCUCAACUGCCGCCACGGUCUCGUCCUCGUCAAAGACUGUGUGAGCCGCGAGGUCAUUGUGUGCGACCCCAUCACGGGGAAGCAGCGCCGAGUGGCCCUGCCGCCGGUGUUCCACUCGGCCUACUUCAGGGGGGUGGUCCUUUGCGCUGCUGCCGGUAACCAGGGCCACGUGCAUGGCGACUGCCCAUUCAAGGUGGUCUUGUCCUCCGCGUUCAGACAAGAUAACCAGCCUCUCGCCUGCGUUUACUCCUCGGAGACCGGCGAAUGGGGCGAUCCCAUCAUAGCAGAGGAUCCAUGUUACGUUGAAUAUGUGGGUAGGCAUGCAACCCUAGUUGGUAAUGCCCUUUACUGGCCGUUCAACAAUGAUCAGAUGCUUGAGUUUGAUUUGGAUAGGCAGAAGCUAGCCGUGAUCGCGGGACCUCCUGUUACAAACGCUUUCCUGUUCGCCCAUCGUCAAAUCAUUCAGGCUGAGGAUGGCGCUGUUGUCUUGGCCAUACUGGCUGAUUCUCGCUUCCAAAUGUGGCAGAGAAAUGUCAGUUGUCAAGGUGUUGCCACAUGGGCGCUUUGGAAGACCAUUCAAAUGCAUAACAUUCUUGGGAUCUCUCUUCAGAUUGGGGAGUACAUGGCAUGGACGGGGUAUGAUGAGGAUAACGAUGUAAUGCUUUUAGAUGUUGACCACGAUGUCUAUUCGGUUCAACUUAAGUCUAUGGAAUCAAAGAAACUUUACAUACCCAAUUGUACCAGUCAAAUUCAUCUUUUCACGAGCUUCUAUACACCAGGAACAUCCAUUGAUGGUGGAUCUGAUCCAGCUGAAAUGCUGCAUGGCACAUCAGAUGCUUGUCUAGUUUGACGGACUAAUGUACCGAAAUAGUUCAGCUGGCUAAUUUAUCAGCUGGGUGUUACUUGUUGUCACAACUGAUUUUGUCAAUAAUUAAGCUCUGUAUUGUCAAGCUUUUUCCGCUCACGUCAAGUUGACAGUUGGGUGUAGUGGUGCAAAAAUUCAAGAGAAGAUGAUACCACAAGUGGUGCUGAUGAGUGAUGUGCCUAGGCUGAGAUGGAAGUUAAGUUGAGGAAUAGUGUUAGGAAUGAUGGCCUGCAAAAAAAUGUUACUCCCUUCGAUUCAUACUACUUGUCACUAGUAUGGAUGUAUCUAGUACUAAAAUACGUCUAGAUACGUCUAUAUUAGAGACAAUUCAUAUGUAUCGGAGGGAGGUAGUAAUAUUGAUGUUUAAAGAAGUUCUAUAGGUGAUAUGGUGUAUUUUUUGGUUUAGUUUUUAGUAUGUGAUAUGUUUCUGAAACCUUUAUCAUUUUCCUUUUGGUGUCAUGAUUCCAGAGAACUCUCUGUAUGUCCAGGUCUGUCAAAAGUUUGUUCCAGUGCACUGGCAUCAACUAGAACAAUGUGAUGGAUGGAUCAAAAAGAGUGUUCAUCUUA